AUGAUGAUGUGCCCACCACCCAGUGACCCACCAGGACCAGCGGCCACCUUAAUGCCCGAUCCAGGGUCAGGUGAAGUUCCUGCAGCAGUCACUGCUCCUCUGUCAACUCUCCUGGAGAUAGUAGAGCCGCCAUUUUGGCAAGCUCCGUUCCCAGCGAUGGUGACCUCUGGUCAACGCCCCCAUGAUUCCACCUCAGCCGGACCUCCUAGAUUGUAUCCACCUCUCCCGGUGAGUACUGAUGGGGAGGGGAAAGAAAACACAGGAAUUAGACAGAGGCUACGCUCCACCAAGGAACAGGGGGAGAGCUACAGAUGCCCCUCAGAGAGCUACAACAGCCUCCGGCUCAGGACGCAUGUGGGCACUACCAUCCCCCCCUGUAGCCUAUUAUUACCAGCUAUUUUCCUCUAUGGAUAUAUUAAACUGGCAGAGACACACUCCACCGUACUCGGGGGAGCCACAACCAUGAUUAGGCUAAUGGAGACUAUUUUUCAAACCCACCGCCCUACAUAG